AAAAUGCUCACAGUGAUGUCUCUGUUUGCCCCUCAGGUCAUUAAGGCAAUAGAUGAAGGCUAUCGCCUGCCAGCACCCAUGGACUGCCCCCCAGGCCUGCACCAGCUAAUGCUGGACUGCUGGCAGAAAGACCGCGCCGAACGCCCAAAGUUUGACCAGAUUGUUGGCAUCCUGGAUAAAAUGAUCCGUAACCCUAACACCUUAAAAACCCCUGUGGGCACGUGUACCAGACCAAUUAGCCCCCUGUUAGAUCAGAGCACACCAGACUUCGCUGCUUUCCGCUCAGUGGGAGAGUGGCUGGAAGCCAUCAAGAUGGAGCGAUACAGAGACAACUUCACAGCGGCCGGCUACAGUUCCUUGGAGUCUGUGGCCCGGAUGUCAAUCGAGGAUGUGAUGAGCUUGGGAAUCACACUAGUGGGCCACCAGAAAAAGAUAAUGAGCAGCAUACAGACUAUGAGAGCCCAGAUGCUGCAUCUUCAUGGUACCGGCAUCCAGGUGUGACGAGCUGCAACAGGACCCAUCAGUCAGGGCAAGAGAACUCAAGCGAGACUUAUCAGGAGCAGCGCCUGGGUGGCACCCGGCCCCAUGGUCAAAGUCCACGGACAUCUGCUGUGUCUGACUCCUCCUGCUGCGUCUGGAGGGAAAUCAUUCCUUUGUUCCUCGGCGAGGGAAUGAGGUCCGUUUCUUCAAAGGGCACUAAAGAGAGAGAAAGGGCAAGAAACAGCAACAAAAAGCAACUACCUGUAUGAGAUGACUCUUUUUUUCUUUCCUGUUUGUAGAAGCGCUUCAGAACUCAAUCACAUAUCAAAGGGGCGAGUUGGACAGGAGUUUUAUUACCUUAAUGAUUGAAAUAAGCGCACACCGUAGAUGUGGAUUUCCUUUACAAAGCAGACAAAAAAAGAAAAAGAAAAAAAAAACUUGCUUUGGUUCCUUUUUCUAAAGUCUUUUUUCUAUGUGAUUGCCACAAAGAAAUGCUGUGGCACGCAGGACUUUUUCCCUUCUUCUCCUCUGAUGUGACAACAGGGUAAAUCUUAUCCAGAUGCCGGUGGAGCUUUGCAUCUCAGACUUCCAGGUACUGUUUGAGUCACGUUGCAGUUUUUCUCUUUUCUUUAAUGUGCUUUCUACAUCAUAACUGCAUCCUGACGCGCUUGCUUCCUCUCCACAAAUUAGCGGCUUUGCUAGAAUCUCAAAAGUUGAAAGGAGUUUGCACAAACUGGCGAUUUCUUUCCUCUAAUCACCCAUUUUUUAUAUCAGAGUAGCAAUAUCUGUCUUAAUAUUCACAACAUGACUGUAAGAAUCUGCGCGCACAGUUCAAAGAUUGUAGGAAAUUUGCAACCACCCAUUGUUCUGCCCUCAUUAUGCUUGAAAUGUUGCACAUAAUUUUGUUUUUUGGAAAUGGUUGAAGCUGCAGAUAAUGUUAAAGGGUGAAUCGCAGAACAGAGGAGAUGUCAUACUGCCUUAAAACAUGUUUAGAUUUAGUAUUGCCGAUGUUUUUAGGUACUUUAAAUGGUGAUGCUUUCUGUGGCUCCUUUGGAGGGCUUUUUGUCACUUUUUUUUUUUUUUGUUUUCUUAUAACUUGUGGUAUUGUGUCUUCUGAUCUUGGACUUGAUCUGGUGUGCACAAACUCAAAUGAUUGCAGAGGAAUAACAGAGUCAAGAGGGGGAGAGUUUGACUAAAAGAGCAAUAAUUACCAGGGAGAAACAGUCUUCACCAGAGAUCCUUUAAGGUGCUAGAUAUGAAAGGCAUGUCGUUGUGUGCUGACCAUCCCUUUGGAGAGAUUCCGUCACCCCCUGACAGGGAAAAAGGAAUGUACUUCUGUGACCUGGAACGGUUCGGAGAGCGCUCCGUUGCCGAGUCAUCAAAUGAAAUCGUCUUGUUGUG